UACUUUAAUAACUGUGACGGGUCAUGGAUCCAUGGAAUUGCUCUCUUUCAAAUUAGUCAGAUAUCCAUUGAAGCGCAUUCAACGUUCUCCAUUGAAGCGCAGUUAGCGCUCUCCGUUGAGUCUAGUUCUUGUAUUCUCCAUUGAAGCAACUUCUGAGCAGAGAGAUGGUCCAUAGUGCAUAUGAUUCCUUUGAGCUUAUCAGUGAUUUCCCCACAAAGAUUGAUGCUGUUGAAUCAUAUGGCUCAAAACUUCUUCUCGGCUGCAGCGAUGGGUCUCUUCGAAUCUAUGCUCCUGAAUCUGCAUCUGAAUCAUCUCCACCAUCUGAUUAUCAUGCUAGCCAAUUAGAGCUUCUAAAAGAAUCCUACUUUCAAGAGAAAACCAUAAAUGGCUUUGCAAGGAGGCCAAUCAUUGCUAUGGAGGUUUUGAGGUCGCAAGAGCUUCUUUCUCUUUCUGAGUCUAUUUCAUUUCAUAAGCUCCCUUCCUUUGAGACUGUUGCCGUAAUUUCCAAGGCCAAAGGUGCGAAUGCUUAUUCUUGGGAUGAAUCUAGGGCUUUUUUGUGUUUUUCCAAGCAGAGAAAGAUAUGGAUAUUCCGGCAUGAUGGAGGUCGGGGGUUUGUCGAGGUGAAAGACUAUAAUGUUUCAGAUACUGUGAAGUCAAUGGCUUGGUGUGGUGAAAAUAUAUGCAUUGGAGUUCGAAAGGAAUACAUGAUACUCAAUGCUACUACUGGUGCAAUGUCUGAAGUGUUUUCUUCAGGGAGAAUUUCCCCACCUUUGGUGGUGUCUCUACCUUCUGGAGGAUUUCUUCUUGGGAAGGAUAAUAUUGGGGUUUUUGUGGACCAAAAUGGGAAACUUGGACAGGAAGGCAGGAUUUGUUGGUCUGAGGCCCCCAGUCAAAUUGUUAUCCACGAGCCUUAUGCUAUAGGUCUCCUGUCUAAGCAUAUCGAGAUAAGGUCUCUUCAACAACCAUUUCCAUUAAUACAAACCGUUGGCUUGCGAAAUGUUCGGCAUGUCAUACGCAGCAACAGUGCGAUUAUUGUUUCUCUAGAGAAAUCUGUCUAUGGCCUCUUCCCAGUUCCUUUGGGUGCACAGAUAGUGCAAUUAACAGCAUCUGGCAAUUUUGAGGAGGCCUUAGCUUUGUGUAAACUCCUUCCACCAGAAGAUUCAAGUCUCAGAGCUGCAAAGGAGAGUUCUAUCCACAUUAGAUAUGCACAUCAUUUGUUUGAAAAUGGUAGCUAUGAGGAGGCCAUGGAGCAUUUUGUUGAUUCACAAGUUGAUAUCACAUAUGUGCUUUCACUUUACCCAUCAAUUAUUGUUCCAAAGUCGACUGUGCUUCCGGAGCCACAAAAGGCGAUAGAUUUUAGUUUGGAUGCUUCAGAUCUCUCGAGGUGUUCGUCGGGCAUAUCUGAUGACAUGGAAACUUCACCUAGAGCACAUAGUGACUUAGAAGAAAAUGCUUCCGUGGAGUCCAAGAUAGUUAGCCACAAUACUCUUAUGGCACUAAUCAAGUUCUUGCAGAAGAAAAGGUUCAAUAUUAUUGAAAAGGCUGCAGCAGAGGGAACAGAUGAGGCUGUCUCUGACGCCUUUGGUGCUAAUUUCAAAUCUUAUGACUCCAAUAGGUCAAAGAAGUCAAAUAAGGGUCGUGGCAGCGUUCCCAUUAGCUCAGGGGGUCGUGAGAGGGCUGCUAUACUGGACACCGCACUUCUCCAAGCUCUUAUUCUCACAGGACAGUCUUCUGCUGCUGUGGAACUAUUGAGAGGUGUAAAUUACUGUGACAUGAAGAUAUCUGAGGAGUUCUUGCACAAAUCAUAUCAAUAUACUGCAUUACUCGAAUUAUACAAGUGCAAUGAUAUGCACCGUGAAGCUUUGAAGCUUUUGCUCCAACUAAUAGAAGAGUCAAAGUCAGAUCCCCCACGACCUGAGCUCACCCAGAAGUUCACUCCUGAGAUGAUCAUUGACUACCUGAAGCCUCUUUGUGGGACAGACCCCAUGCUUGUGCUGGAAUUUGCAAUGCUUGUUCUUGAAAGCUGUCCAACACAGACUAUUGAGCUCUUUCUAUCAGGAAAUAUUCCAGCAGACUUGGUGAAUUCCUAUUUGAAACAGCAUGCUCCAAAUAUGCAGGCUAGAUAUCUAGAACUUAUGCUUUCCAUGAAUGAAGAUGGGGUCUCUGGUCAUCUACAGAAUGAAAUGGUGCAAAUCUAUCUGUCAGAGGUUCUUGAUUGGUAUAGAGAACUGAGCUCACAACAGACUUGGGAUGAGAUAGCUCACUCUCCAACAAGGAAGAAAUUAUUAUCUGCUUUGGAGAACAUUUCAGGGUACAACCCAGAAGGUCUUUUAAAGCGUCUUCCAGCUGAUGCCUUGUAUGAAGAAAGGGCUAUAUUGUUGGGGAAGCUGAAUCAACAUGAACUUGCCCUUUCUCUCUAUGUACAUAAGCUUCAUGUUCCUGAAUUGGCUCUUUCUUAUUGCGAUCGAGUCUACGAGUCUCAGCUUAAUCAACCUCCUGGAAGGUCUCAGAGCAAUAUAUAUCUUACUCUCCUGCAAAUCUAUUUAAAUCCUAGAAGAACAACAAGAAACUUUGAGAGACGAAUCAACAAUCUCGUCUCAACCCCUAAUGCUGAAAUCAAAAGAUAUAAUUCCUCUGCUUCCAAGAGAAGCAAAGGUCGUCCUCCUAGAAAAAUUGCUGAAAUAGAGGGUGCAGAAGAUGUGCGCUUUAGCCCCAGCAAUACGGAUAGUGGGAAGAGUGAUGGUGAUGCAGAUGAAGCCAACUCUGAAGGGGGGUCCAAUAUAAUGCUCGAUGAGGCCCUUGAUUUGUUGAGCCGCAGAUGGGAAAGAAUCAAUGGGGCACAAGCCCUGAAGUUGUUACCCAAAGAAACUAAGUUUAAGAAUUUGCUUUCUUUUCUUGGACCACUCUUGAGAAAAUCCAGUGAAACACACAGGAAUUUCGCAGUGAUUAAGAGACUUAGAGAAAGUGAGAAUCUCCAGGUUAAAGAGGAACUUUAUGAUAAGCGGAAAGCUGUUGUAAAGGUUACUGGUGAUAGCAUGUGUUCCCUCUGCAACAAGAAGAUAGGAACAAGCGUGUUUGCUGUAUAUCCAAAUGGAACAACGCUAGUCCACUUUGUUUGCUUUAGGGACUCACAGAGCAUGAAAGCUGUGAAAGGUUCCCAAUCAAGAAAAAGAUCAUAGUAGAGUUCAAAAGUAAUGUUUUUCGUGCAUUACCAGCUCUCUGCUCAAGCUAUUGCCUCUCAUGCUCUGGUGCUGCUGUUUCCUAUAUCCCUCCAUGGUUGCCAUUUUUUGUGAGGUAGAGCUCAUGCUGUUAACUCAGCAGCAUUCUCCAGCUAUAACAAUAAUCUGGUUUGAGGACAGGAACAUAAUCCUGAGUCAUUUGAGCUCAAAUUUUUGGUAGUGAAAAAAAAUCCAUCAUCCAGAACAUGUGGUGUCUUCAACAACGAAUGCAUGAAGAGGUAUUCAGUUGGUGUGUUAAUUUUGUUUUGCUGGUUAUAUGUAUAUGGUGAGUGUUGUGCUGCAAGUAAUUCAUCGAUUGGGAAUCUCUUUGAUUCUGCUAUUGUUUACAUGAUUUUGUUGUAAUUAAUGUAUAUCAUGGAAUGCGUGUUUUAACUUGAAACACUUGAUUUAAAAGAAUCAUGCACAUUUUGGUCUAACACUUUAAUGUAUUUUUACCAUGAAAUUUGUUA